AUGUACCAAUAUUGUCGCCGAUACGAAAACACCAGUAGCUUCGCUGGACAGCGAGAGGCCACCUUUACCAGAAUAUGGGGCAUUGUAGAGCUGCGAGUGAUAGAGUCUCUCCCAAUCGUCGUAUUUUACAUGUGGUUCGUUGAGCUGGAAGAAGCAAUCCGGCUAAAUACGGUGGGAGGAGUAUGCAGCUGGCAGAGGGGACAGCAGCUUGCAUGGCGAACACAGCACAAUUAUUGCAGACAGAAGCGGAAUCAAGAAACAUCAUCGUUUCCGGAGUCUGGUAAAGAUGGUGGAACUUUGAAGCGCAAUGUUGGGUCAUUGACCGUGGACAUGGUGAAACCUAGUCCUAAAAGGGGCAAAAGUGGUAACGUGAUUACGCGGUGCUCACGCGAGGCGGGGCUGCUGCCCGGUGAAAGCCUCAGCGUGCGGUCCCUCACCUUGCCCCUCGUAUUCAACAAACUUCGAUCGGCCUCAGCUUGCCCCUUUGUGUCAUGGCUGGUGACGAGUGCUGUCUACACUGCGAAUCCCAUCGCUGCGCGGGAACGGGUCGCAGCCAGGUUCCAAGGUUCAACGACAGUCGGCUCUUCGCAAGGGGAUUUUGCCCCUCAGGGGCACGGCAAACCGCUUCUCGACGGAGUCUUCAGUCAACAGCCGGCCAAAGCUUCAGCUGUGCCUAGAGUACGUACCGAGGACAAUGAAACCUUGCCGGCGUGCGCAAGGGAGGCGUCGAUGGGACGAAGCAAAAUCUCAACGCAGAUACAUCAAACCACACAUACGCUUGAAAUCGACAGGGACACCGCCUUCGCCCUUGGUCCUCGUUCCACAAGCCCUUGCACAAGCGCAACAACAAGGUCCAGGUCUGGGGGCUUAACCGGCCUCCAGACUGACUCUUAA